CCGAAAAGCACGUUGAAAUGUUUACGGUGGAAGCGCGGUUAGCCGUCUACCAGAACAAGUGCAAAUAUAUUAACUAAAACAAUACCGAGUAUAUAUAGAUAAUAAAAUAAUCAAGCAACAAGCAAGGGCUCUGCAUAGAACAGUGUAUAAUGGAAACAUCUACAUGGUAGUAAUGUAAGAUAGCUAAUAUUCCAGGUAUCCGUUGGUGACUGCAGGAAGCUUUUCAUUCACAAACAGGAGCUGUUUUCUUUCUGUACUAUUACUUUGGGAUAAACAUGGCUUCCUCUCUGGUUGUUCCCGUUAUUGAUGUCCAGAAUGAUACCUUCAAAGAGCUUUGGCCUGCUAUGGUAUUGGCCAUUAAAACCUCUUCCUUCGUUGCACUGGACACGGAACUGAGUGGUCUUGGAAACAGGAAAUCCUUGCUGGCUGAAUCUAUAGAGGACCGAUAUAAAGCCAUAUGCCAUGCAGCUCGCUCUCGUUCCAUCCUCUCCCUGGGAUUCGCCUGUUACAAGAAACUGGACGAUAAGGCCGCUGAAACGUACCUGGUCCAGGUGUAUAACCUCACCCUGCUGUGUUCAGAGGAGUACAUCAUAGAGCCUCAGUCAGUCCAGUUCCUGGUGCAGCAUGGCUUUGACUUUAACAAGCAGUACGCCCACGGAAUCCCUUACUGCAAGGGCAAUAAUAAGGCAGAAUCAGACGAUCGGGGGGUCCACAUCCGAGCGUUAUUCACUGAACUGCUGCGUGCCAGGAAGCCCCUGGUGCUCCACAACGGCCUCAUCGACAUGGCCUUCCUUUACCAGAGUUUUUAUGCACAUCUACCCGAUCGCCUGACCACCUUCACAGCCGACCUGUCUGAGAUGUUUCCUGCCGGCAUCUACGACACCAAAUAUGUCACCGAAUUCGAGCUCCGCCUCACUGCCUCCUACCUGGAGUAUGCCUAUAAGAAAUGUAAGCUGGAUAGCAGUCGCAGGGCCACCUCUGGAGGAGCUGAGCCUCACCUUCAGCUAGAGUUCUGUCAGUAUGCUGGUCACAUGUCCCACUACGUGGACUACAGAGUGUGUCCAGCUCUGGGCUCUGUUGAGGGACAAACUGACAUCUGCCAGCGCUUCUCCGCAUUUGGCUGGUGUCCAAAUGGCAGCCAGUGUCUAUUAUCCCACGACACUGACCUGAUCAUUCUCCAGGACGAGAAAGACCUGGGGGACAAGAGAAGUAAGAGGAAGAGACGUAAAGAUAAGAGGAAAGGUAAAGGCGAGGCAGCGGAAGACGGGGCCCCUGAACACAAAAUCCCCCACAUGGAGGUGGAUCCGCAAGAAACGCCAGAUGAGAAGCAAGGGGCUGAGUCAUACCCAGAAAAAGGGGCACUAAUGGACACCCAACAGAAUGAAGGGGAGAAAGCAGACAUCGAGGGGAACGGAGUGAGCAAAGAGAACGUAGACUUCAGAAACCUUGAAACACCCACUACUGAUGACAACACAAAAACCAACACAAACAACGUUGAAGAAGAAAGCAGAACAGAAGACAGAGGAAGUGAACAAUUAAUCAAGAAAUCGCCUAAGACUGACAAUCAGAAGCAAAACAACGAUUCAGGAACACACCGAGCCGGGUUUGACGCCUUUAUGACGGGAUACAUUUUUGGCCACUCAUUAACCCUCAACAAGAAGAAAAGACCGGGAGCUGUGGAGAAGGAGCAGCAAGAGAAGGAGGAGGAGUCGUGGCUUCCUUCAUGUCUCAAUAAGGUCUACCUCAGCUGUAAAUCAACCCCUCUCAACGUGGUUAAAAGCACCUUCUCCAAAUCAUCCAAGGCCCAUGUGGCCAAGAUGGAGAUGGUUUGGGGAAAGAGUGUAGUGAACGCACUUCAACCCAGUAUUUAAGUGUUUACAUUAGGGCUGCAACUUGUGAAUAUUUUCACUAUUAUCUGCUGAUAACCUUUACAAUAAAUUGUCAGAAAAAAAUAAAAAAGGAACAAUUCCAUUUCUCAAAGUCCAAGUGAUUCAAUGUUUUGUAAAGUCCAAAACCCAAAGAUGUUAACUUUUUAAUGUAAUAUUUAACAGAGAAAAGCCGAGAUCUAAAAACUGCAUUUUCUGACAAGGAUUCAUGAAUAAUCGAAAAGGUUGGCAUUUUGUUUUGGUGAAUGCAACUAUGAAUUGGUCAAUUAAUAAUUAGCAACUCCAAUGUACAUAUGCAGGUUCAAUAUUAAUUAUUAUUUUAUUGUUUAGUGACAUUUUGGACUAGGGACUAGAAGGUAAUGAUCAGUUUGCUUUUCAGUCUGGCUGUGUAUACAAUCUAAGUCGGUUUCUCAUGCUCUAUACUGUUUUUAUUUCUGAAUAAGACUUUUUGUACAUUUUUACCUACUAUAAAUAGUAUUAAAGACUUCCAACUGUAAUAAAGUGCAGUGGCAGCUGUUUUGAUCAAGCCAGCUAUUAUUUCUAAGAUUUCUGUGGAAACUACCUGAUCAUUGAUUUGAUUUGCAAUCAUUCUUCAUUUUAGAUGUUUGUAUCAUUACCUGUUUCAGGAGUAACCUAUACAAAAAUAAAUGUAUGCUCUUUAAUAAUGA